AUGGCGGAGUUUUUGGCGGAGACACCGAUAGUGGCGGAGAUAUUGGUGAGGACAUUGGCGGAGAUUUUGGCGGAGAUACCGGUAAUGGCGGAGAUACUAACAAAUGGCGGAGAUAUUGGUGGGGAUAUUGGCGGCGAUUUUGGUGGAGAUACCGGAAGCGGCGGAGAUAUAGGUGGGGACAUUGGCGGAGACCUCGACGGAGACACUGGCGAAGAUACCAGCAAUGGCGGAGAUACCGGCAGUGACGGAGAUAUUGGUGGCGACAUUGGCGGAGAUACCCGCAAUGGGGGGGAUACGGGCAGUGGCGGCGACGUUGGUCCUGGCGGUCCCGGCGGUCCAGGGAUGGGCGGCAAGGGCGGAAAGGGAGGCAAGGGCGGAAAGGGAGGGAAGGGUGGGAAUGGAGGCAAGGGUGGAAAGGGAGGGAAAGGGGGCAAGGGGGGAAAGGGAGGGAAGCCUGGUUACCAGCAAGGCGGGCCUGGCGGAGCGCAGGGGGGCCCUGGCGGAGAAACCGGCAAUGGCGGGGAUACGGGCAGUGGCGGAGACAUUGGUGGAGAUAUCGAAAAUGGCGAUACCAACAGUGGCGGAGAUACCGGAAAUGGAGGAGAUACAGGCAGUGGCGGCGACGUUAGGGUGGGUGGUCCCGGCGGUCCUGGGCUAACCGAAGUCUAUGCCGCAUUGGUGGCGCUGGUGAAGACUGAGCAUUUUGUGAAGUUAGGAAACGGUCGAAGGGUUUUCCACACGGCGCAAGAGCUCCAACGUGAUCGCUUCACCCAAAUUUGCAUUUAA